GUUUUAAAGAAGGUGAAACCGCGUGUUGGGAUAAAGAAGCAGUCACUGAAGAUGAUGGACAACCUGAUGAAAGACACGCUUCAUCAAAUCGCCACCCACGCCGCCUCUAAAAUGGGAAGAAGAAAGACGUUAAAGCCCAGGCUUAUCCUCAGAGCCAUGAAGAAAGUCAUGCCCAAGUCGUUGGCGGACAAAGUUGAUGAGCACGCACAGAACGCGCUAGAGAAGUACGACCGGCACUAUCGCUGCCCUAGGAGGCGAAGAUAA